CAUCCUCCUCAUUAUUCCGACGAGGAAGAACCCAAGAACGAAGAAGAAGAAGACGCGAAGCUCGGGGCGCGGCCAUUCUCCGAUCCCCAGCUCGCCUUCCAAGCCGCCGCAUUCCCCCGCCGUUGAUGCGGGUGGAGGCCGGGGGCCUCCCGGAGCUUGGGUCGGGGGCGAGGGACCCCGCCGGCGCGCGGCGGCAGCGGCGGCGGCGUCAGCAGCGGAGGCCGGCGAUGCCGUCGGCGGGGGCGGCGGCGCAGCCAGCCCCGUCGCCCGCGGUGCAGGGGCUCUUCGAGGCGUGCCGCGAGGUCUUCGGUGCCUCCGCCGGCGCGGUGCCCUCGCCCGCCGGGGUCGAGAGGAUCAAGUCCGUUCUUGAUAGCAUUUCAGCGGCAGAUGUCAGCCUAACUCGAAACAUGUCAUAUUUCCGGCGUGUUAAUUCCAAUGGCAUUCCUAAAAUCACUUACUUACACCUUUAUGAGUGUGAGGCUUUCUCGAUCGGCAUCUUUUGUUUGCCUCCAAGGGGUGUCAUUCCUCUCCAUAAUCACCCCAACAUGACUGUGUUCAGUAAGCUUCUUUUUGGUGAGCUGCGUGUGAAGUCCUAUGAUUGGGCUGAUGCCUCACAAGAUUCAACUGAUGCUCAGUUGCAAGGAGCCCGCUUAGCAAAGGUGAAGGUUGAUGGCACCUUGAAUGCACCUUGUGCAACAUCGGUACUAUAUCCGGAAGAUGGUGGCAACCUGCACUGCUUCACCGCACAUACUGCUUGUGCUGUUCUUGAUGUCCUUGGCCCACCAUAUGACGAUGGCAGUGGGAGGCACUGCCAGCACUACAACGUCUCUUCCUCUGCACCUUCUGCUGGAGAUUCAAAGCCCCUUCCUGGAGACGAUGGAUACGCAUGGCUGGAGGAGUGUGAACCACCAGACAAUUUUCAUCUUGUCGGGUCAACUUAUAUGGGUCCAAGAAUUGUGGACAAUUGAACUUACGAGGAUUCCUUGGUUUCUUGCAGCGCAUGAUGUAACUUUCAUUUGGUGUAAAUACAUCGCUGGAGAAAAUAGGUCCUCCUUUGGUCAUAACUAGACCACGUUCAUCAUCACUUAAACUGGAGGACCUAAAUUGCUUAGUAAUAAAAACAUGCUCGGUAAUUGAGGUUGUGUAGGCCUUUGCUGUAUUUUUUUUUCUUGUUCAUUUCUGUGUUUUCUUGUGUCUCUAGUCUGUACCAGUUAGCAGUGUAGCAUUGGAUUGCCUGAUUCAUCAUGUUCCCAAGUAAUGUUUGGACUUGCUAAAAAAAUCAGAAAUCUUUUCCUUUUCCUGACUA